ACCCCUCCCCGCCCUCGGCCCUGUCCCCUGCAUUCUCUCUCCCAGUCACGUAUCGCGGUGGUCCCGCACCGCACCGUCCGAACUGAACUUAUUGGGUCCCUUCCCGCCUCACGAACCCCUCACCCGUAUAGUUCCGCCCAUCUUCCGGAAAUCUGUAUGGCAAGGCUGGCAGUAACACUGGUUCCUCCCUUGUGCUAUAGAGCUCUUUCCAGAGACAGAUGUGUGCUUUUUACAAAUUGAAGACAGGACUCUCCACUAGCAAGAUUGCAACUUGCUUCGAUGUGAAACUCCCUUUAUUGCUGUGCUCUGGAACCAAAUGUGCAUUAUCUCUCAUUCCUCUGCAGGUCAUUAGCUUCCCAGCACUUCAGUUGCACAGGAGUGGAACAACAAUGAGAGCCAGUCAGGAGGAGUUUAAAAAUGCAGUGAAUCAGAUAAAGCUGUUGAAGAAGGAUCCAGGAAAUGAAGUAAAGCUAAAACUCUAUGCACUGUAUAAACAGGCCACUGAAGGGCCUUGUAAUAUGCCCAAACCAGGUGCAUUUGACUUUAUUAAUAAAGCCAAAUGGGAUUCAUGGAAUGCUCUUGGCAGUCUUCCCAAGGAAACUGCCAGGCAGAACUAUGUGGAUUUGGUGUCCAGUUUGAGUUCUUCAUCUGCAUCCUCUAGCCAAGUGAAGCCUGAAACAGACAGGAAACAACAGGAAUAUGAAAACCUGGUGGUGACCUCUGAAGACGGUAUCACAAAGAUCAUGUUCAACCAGCCCACCAGAAAGAAUGCAAUCAACACUCAGAUGUAUCAAGAAAUCAUUCUUGCACUUAAAGCUGCAAGCAAGGAUGACUCAAUCAUAACUGUUUUAACAGGAAGUGGUGACUACUACUCUAGUGGGAAUGAUCUGACUGCCUUCACUGAUAUUCCCCCUGGCGGAGUAGAGGAGAAAGCUCAAAAUAGUGCUAUUAUGCUGAGGGAUUUUGUAGACAGUUUUAUAGAUUUUCCUAAGCUGCUGAUUGCCGUGGUAAACGGUCCAGCUGUGGGGAUCGCUGUCACCACCCUUGGGCUAUUCGAUGCUGUGUAUGCCUCUGACAGGGCAACAUUUCAUACUCCUUUUACUCAGCUAGGCCUAAGUCCAGAAGGAUGCGCCUCUUACACUUUUCCGAAGAUAAUGGGCCCAAUCAAGGCAAAAGAGAUGCUUCUUUUUGGAAAGAAGUUAACAGCAAGAGAAGCGUGCGCUCAAGGACUUGUUACUGAAGUUUUUCCUGAUAAUACUUUUCAGAAAGAAGUUUGGGCCAGGCUGAAAGCAUAUUCAAAGCUCGCCCCAAAUUCCUUGAGAAUUUCAAAAAUGAUCAUCAGAAAUGUGGAGAAAGAAAAGCUACACGCUGUUAAUGCUGAAGAAUGUAGUACCCUCCAAGAAAGAGUGCUUUCCGACGAAUGCAUAAAUGCAGCCAUUAACUUCUUAUCCAAAAAAGCAAAACUGUGAUGACUAGUAGAGCAGAGUUAAGUAUUUCAAAGGAAUGAUGUGCUACAAUUUCUGAUUUUCUAUACUUGAACUAAACGAACUUCACUGUGCCUUUUUUCACUGAUGAAUUAUUAUUUAUGAUGAUUAUAUUCUACUAGAGCCCGAUGAUAAACAAGUUACAUAAAACAAGGCUUAAGAAUUUACACAGGUUUGCCCUGGCUGAAUAGCCUAUUUGCUUAGAGCAUUGUCCUGACAUGACAAGGCUGCAGGUUCGAUCCCCAGUCAUGGUUACAUACAAGAAUCAACCAAUGAAUCCAUGAAUAAGUGCAGCAAUAAAAUCGAUGUUUCUCACCUCUCCCCCUUCCUUCUUUUUUCUCUGAAAUCAAUAAAUUUUAAGA